CUCACAUAUCGCUCGUUCUGCACAACCCAAGAAUUAUUUGAAGAACUUUUUAUGCGAUAUAUGCUUACUCCUCCAGAGGAUUUGACAGCAGAAGAACUUACUGUGUGGCAAGAGAAGAAACUUAAGUUGGUCAGAUUACGUGUGUUUAAUGUGAUCAAAUCCUGGCUGGACACUUAUUUUAACGAGGAAGAAGACCAGGCUACAUUGCCAACGCUGGCAAUGUUUACUGAAGACUAUGUGCGAGUUACGAUGAAAUUCGGCUACGAUCAGCUUAUCAAAUUGAUUAAGAAACGUAUGGACUCUGAAGAGAAUGGUCAGAUCCGUAAGAUGACACUCAAUAUCCGGAGUGAGAUGCCUCAACCAAUCUUGCCGAAGAACAUGCGACGUAUUCGAUUUUUAGAGCUGGAUGCCUUGGAAAUGGCCAGACAAUUAACUAUUAUGGACUUUAAGCUCUAUAAUCGCAUCAAACCUGUUGAAUGCCUUGACAAGAAUUGGGGCAAGGGUGAUUCAGAGCAUAUUGCUGUUAAUGUGAAGGCAUCUAUUGAGUAUUCUAACCAGGUGACUGCUUGGGUGACUGAUUCUAUCUUGAGUAAAGACGAUGUCAGGAAGAGAGCUGUUGUUGUGAAACAUUGGGUUGUUAUUGCAGAGAAAUGUCGAUUGCUGAAUAACUACAAUACAUGCAUGGCUAUAUUGUCUUCUUUUGACAAUAGCUCUGUUGGUCGUUUGAGAAGAACUUGGGAGUUAAUGAAUGCUCGUACAAACCAAACCCUAGCUAGCAUUAGACGCCUGAUGGGUGCAAACAGGAAUUUCACGGAAUAUCGAGAUAUUAUUCAUCAUGCCAAUCCACCUUGUAUUCCAUUCCUGGGUAUCUACUUGCAAGAUCUGACAUUUAUCGAGGAUGGCAAUAGCAAUUAUCUCAAAAAGUCGGAUAAUAUGAUUAAUUUUUCCAAACGUAUGAAGACUGCGGAGGUUAUUCGCGAAUUACAGCAACAUCAGUCUACACCUUAUCUUCUACAGGCUGUACCAGAUAUCCAAGAAUUCAUUACUACUCAUCUACAAUCUAGUCGCGAUGAAGAAACUUUGUACAACUUGAGUUUAGCGCUUGAACCAAGGUAUGUGCUUAUAUAG